GUGGUAUCAAAGGACGAGGUGGAUCCUGAUGUGAUGAUUCCCAUUUUUGAUUCAAAGGGAAGCCUUUCUGUCAAGCGGGGAUCAACAACCAUACCACUUCCUACAGGGCCUGAACAGUUGAGGCGCAGGUUGACAGUCAUGCUGAAUGCCAUUCUCAUGCUUGCUUUGAAACAUACGAAUCGUGAGGAGAUUCAAGAUGUGUCACGUGAUUUGUUUGAGCGUUACAAGGACUACAUCUUAGGUGACUAUGUUUGGGGACUUUCUUCAACGGAUUUGCAUGGGAAUCAGAUCCAGACGCCUCCUUGGAGCUUGGUCCUCAGUUACGAACAGGCUGUGAGAAAGCGUGCAUAUUAUUUGAUGGUUUCAGAGCAUUUGCAGCUUGGUACAGCACUUGAACAAGCAUGGAAGUGCCCAGUUACAAAGGAAAGGCACUUCAUUACGCCUCUUGCACUUUACAGCAAACGCUCUUUCCCGAAUCAGAAUUGGGGAGAAUGGAACCCAAAAGGAAAGGGUAAGGGCGGAAAGAGUUCACCUGGAAAGGGAAAAGCGAAAGGAAAAGGGCCAGGGACCACACCCGAGGGUCCUGGCAGAGACACAGGUGCAAGGGAACAGCACAAGUCUUCAAAGAAGAUUCUUCGGGUGUUGUAUGUUUUCUCAGGGAAACCUAGAAAGAAUUCAGUUUCAUCAUGGCUGCAAAAGUUGUCGAAACGAUACAAUGUGGCAAUAGAGGUUGAGAUGGUCGACAUUCAAGUGCGACCCUUGCUGGACCUCACUCGUGCAGAAACCCAGCAACGUUUGUUAAACAAGAUUGCAUCGGGUAGAUUUUUUGCAGUUUUAUUCAGCCCACCAUGCAGCACUUUUUCUAGAGUGGUUGGGGCGAACAGAAGAGGACCGAGGCCAGUUAGAUCCUUUGUGCAGCCACGUGGAUUUACAAGACUGACAUGGGCAGAGCGUAAACGUGCAAUGUGGGGCAAUACAAUGUCAGAUUUUACAUUCAAAGCUUUUGAAAUGCAGGUGAACCAAGGUGGCAUGGCUUUGUUUGAAAACCCAGAAGACCUGGGAGCGAUCAAGUCGGGGGAGCACAGAGGUAAACGUCCAGCAAGCAUGUGGCAGUGGAGUGAGUUUCAACGUCUUCUGGAAAGGCAAGAUGUUGAAACGGUUGCGCUUUAUCAGCAAGACUUUGGAACUGAGUACUUGAAACCAACACGGUUGUUGCUGGCGAAUUUCAAGUAUCAUCAUGAUUCUUUCUGCAAAGGUGGGCCAUUUUUUGAUGAGCAAGGUUUUUACGCUGGUCCACUGGAGUCCAGGGACGCAACAAGACAGCUUGUGGGCAAUAUUGGAAGUUCCUUUGCAACAACAGGUACGGAGCAGUGGCCUUCAGACAUGUGCAAAUGGAUUGCAGAUACAAUACUUGGACAAUUUACAGAGAAACAGAUCAAGGACAGUGUCGUCGCUGACGAUGGAGCAGGGGGAACAAACUCUGACACUCUCCCAUACCCCAUCUUGAAACCAGAUGGACAUAAACUCUACGGAGGCACUGGAAAUCCAAGACAAUGUCAGCAACCGGGUAAGGAGAGACAGUUUCAUGACGGUGCAGGCCUUUCUUCAAUGGGUAGAUGGGAUGCAAACAAGCGCAUCUGGUCUGAGACACCCUUUUGGAAGGAACUGAGAAAGGAGACUUUGGAGAUGGUCCUCAAACACGUUGGGGACGAGAGGACAUUGAACAGAGCUUGCUUUGAGAUGGCGGUGCGUGGCGAGGAAGGAUGUGCUAUUGUUUCUGAUGAAGACCUGAAAGCUAAGAUACGCGCACUUUGGAUCAGACUCUUGGAAAAACAUGGUAGCAAGCAGGAAGGACUUGAGACCAAAGCAGAAGGUCAACCUUUUUAUUUGAGGCUCAUGAAGGAGUUGCUAGCAUUUGCAGGCGAUGUUGACAGGGAAUUUCUUUUGGAAGGCGAAGUGGGUUUUCCUGUAGGUGUCUUGACACCACUUCCAAGAACGCCUCACGUCUAUGAGGAACAAACCAGCUGGCGUUUGGAGGAAGAGCCUCUCAUGAGAGAGGAGGUCUGGCGUUCAAAUUACCAGUCAGUGGACCUUCAUACUGACUUUGUCUACAGCCAUUUUGAGGAGGAAUGCGAAGAAGGCUUGAUGGAGAAACUGACUUUGGAACAGGCAAAAGAGAAAUACGGUGACAAAAUAGCGAUCUCUUCUCUUGCAGUUUUGGUGGAAGAGAACCAUCAGGGGAAGCGUCGAAUAAUACACGACGCAACACAUGGAACUUUGGUCAACAACAGGAUCAGAUGUAGGGACAAAGUCAGGAGUCCCAGUGCACGGGAGAAGCAGUACCUGUUGGCGCUUUUCAAGGGUCAAAACAGUUCAGUUUGCAGUCUAGUAGGAGACAUAAGCAAAGCGCACCGGAGAUUUCUUCAUGCGCCGUGUGAGCGCGGCCUGCUUGCGUGCAAAGUGAAGGAGAGUGACAACUUCAUUUACGUGAAUAAGGUUGGCACAUUUGGAGUUGCAUGUGCAUCAUACUGGUGGUCAAGGAUUUCUGGAGCUGGUGUGAGACUGAUACAUGAGUUGCUGGGCCGUGAUAUGGCAAUUGAUAUACUUAUUUUUGCUGACGAUAUAGAGGCCAUCGCGGCCAACGCUGGUGGAAGGAGGGGGAUCACACUAUGCUUCCUUUACAUGUCUAUUUUGGGAUUCCCAUUUAAAUGGGCUAAACAGCGUGGUGGCUUGCGUGUCGAAUGGAUCGGACUCUACACUGACUAUCCAACAUUCCGGAUUGGAUUAUCGCCCAGCAGGGCAACUUGGAUGCGCAACUGGGUUUUGGAAAUGGCCAAUAGCGGAGUUACGACUUCAAAGAACUUUGAGCAAGGGUUGGGGAGGCUUGGAUUCGCAUCUUUGGCUCUCAUUUGGGAGCGUCCAUUUCUGGGUCCUUUAUACAGUUGGUCUGCAGCCGUCCGCAACAAACCAGGACGCUUGCGGAUACCAGCUAUGAUUAGGGCAAUACUGCUUUUCUUGGGGUCCAGAUUCGAAGAAGGUGGCCAGUUGCAGGAACCACCACCUUUGGCAGGCAGUUACAAAGCUGAGCAAAGCCUCCUUUUUUACACUGAUGCCAAGGCCACGGAACAUGGAGCAUGGAUAGGCGGUUACAAACAAGACGCCGAGGGCAACGUGCUGGAGUGGUUUUCAGAAGAGAUACCGCAUUCGUGGGCGGAAUGGAUGACUUUGAAGAAAGACCCAAAAAGGGUUAUUGCAACAUUAGAGUUGUUGGCGAGUUUAGUAGCUGUUAAGCUUUGGAUGCCGCAGAGCAAGGAGCAUAUCAAAGCCACCUGCUAUUUGAAGGGUAUGACUGACAAUUUAGGCAACACAUUUGCUGUUUCGAAGUGGAUGAGUACGAAGUUUCCUUUGACAAUUUUUGUCAUGGAAUUAUCAGAAACCUUGAGGCGGGGCAACUGCCUACUUUCACUGGAUUGGGUCAGGCGAGACGACAAUCAGCUCGCUGACGACUUGACGAACAUGGUCUUUGAUAAGUUUGAAAUGAAGUCGAGAGUGAGGUGGAAGCCGGAAGCACAAGAGUGGCACAUACUGAAUCAGUUUCUUGAGCACUCCAAAGGCUUCCACAACGAAAUGAAAAAGAGAAAAGCGGAAGUGCUUCCGCCGGUUGCCCAGGUCAAGAAAACACGAAAGAAGUUGAGCCCCUGGCGACAGGGCUUCGACGUGCCAACAGCCGUGCACUAUUUGCUUCACUUCAAAGCUCAGACUGGCCCUCUGCAGCUGGCUCUGCAACGACGAGAGAGUCCAAACCUGAGAACUCGUCACCCUGGACUGGUCAGGGCUUUGGGGCUGAACCUCAGAGCUUACUUCGAUGCCCAGGCCCAGCCACAGUGGCUAUAUGAAAGGGUUCACAAACACCUCACCUCCUCAAAGGAAGGUGGUGCUUACCUCAGAGCAAAUUUGGCUAGCUUGAAGGUUUUCUUGACUGAGCUGAAUGUACCAGAGGCAGAACUGGGCUACAAGACCUUAGGGCAAGAAAAGACAGAAAUGGAGCCUUGGGAUGAUCACACAGUCACCUCCAGAGCAUUGCUGUGCCUGCUUUUCUACCAGGUUAGGCACAGAAGAACCACUGUUGAUGCCAAGCUGAAAUCAAUCACAUUGCUGCAGACCUUGGUUUCUUCACUUCCUGGGCUUGACAAGGGGGCUGUUGGCUUGUCCUCCCAGGAUGGCAAUGAUACACUGCGGAGGGUGGAUGUGGCAUUUUCAUCACAGGGUGUGACGUCAGAUUGGCACAGAGUGCUGAGCAGGAAUUUUUCAGCCCAGGGUGUGUGGGAGAAGCUUCAGCAACAUGAGUGGUGCAAGUGCAAAGUGACCAGUGGAUCUUUUGCAGCUAGCAUGAAGGAUAUUUUGUUCUUUCUGUGCUACUUGGUUGCCCACUCCAAGGAGGAGCUGUCACACUUGAACCCAUACCUGUUUGUUUGCAAGCAUGUCCUGCCAGACUUGCUGUUUUGGCUGGCAAGCUUGAUGGAUUCUGGUGCCACGAGGCUAUCAGCUGAACCUUUGGAGGGGCUGCCUAGCUUGAAGACAUUGCAUGGCACAAACAAGAGGAAAGCUGACCUUGCAAAUAGAUUUGUUUUGCUGGACAAGAUCAAGAAACACAAGGCUGGAAGGAAGAGGAUAGCAUCGACCCACACUGACCUGGCACCAGUUCAUUCCAAUUUGGUGGAGAGGGAGGCACAAACAACAGUUUGCCUCUACCUGCAAAAGGUUUGUGCAAUGAGGUUGAUCCUGGCAGAUUUGCAUGACAGCUUCACUGAAGAGGCAAAAGCCUCAAAGCUUGGAACUUUGGAGGGGUAUUUAGAAGUGAGAGCUCUAUCACAUGCACUACUGCAAGCAACUGGGUGCAGCUUGAUGGAUUUCAGGGUGCCUGAAACUUUGUUAGCAAGACCAUUGCAAGAUGGAGAGGCAAGGAUAUUCAUUAAUGGUGCUUGGUACAUUGUUGGGCCUGGAGAUUUGGUGAGGCCAGAGCUGCCACCAGGGUUGGAUAUUUCCUCUAUACCAGCCUUGGUGUCAUGCUCUGAUCAGGGGCCAAGCAAUACAUCAAGCUUGAACUUCUUGAUGUUUGGACAAGAAAGGCUGAUGGUGCAAGUUCAAUAUGAUUGCUUCCACCGAGGUUGGAAUGAUGUGAAGCUGAGUGCCAAGAGGGCACUUGGCUACCUUUGGAAAACAAUGCUCCAGUUGGUGCCCCUCUUCAACAUGAAUUAUGCACCCUUUCAGUCAUCAGCCUUCUUCUACAAGAAACAAGCUGUUCUGGAGAACUUCCUGGGGACAAGAACCUACAAGGACCCCAGCUUUCAAGCAGCAAUCCCAAUGAUAUGCAAAGAGAGAAGGAUCAGUGAACCUGAGUGUGCUGAGGAAGAGCAAGAGCUCUUCAGAAGUCUGGCCAUAUUGGGAAUUCUCAGAAAAAAGGUUCCUUGA